GCUGAAGGCAGAGGAGAGCAGGACCUUUCCUUUAACAGAGCCUGACCGGCAGCUCCCAGGGCAUCUCCAGGUGGACAGGAGCUCCCCUUCUUGGCACCAUGAGCACCACCACCCGCCCAGAAGCUGCUCCCAAACCAAGUGCCAAGUCUAUCUACGAGCAGAGAAAGCGUUACUCCACUGUGGUUAUGGCUGAUGUAUCCCAGUAUCCAGUCAAUCACCUGGUGACGUUCUGCCUGGGGGAGGAGGACGGCGUGCACACCGUGGAGGAGGCCUCGCGGAAGCUAGCCGUCAUGGACAACCAGGGCCGCGUCUGGACACAGGAGAUGCUGCUGCGAGUGUCCCCGGAGCACGUGACGCUGCUCGACCCCAACUCCAAGGAGGAGCUGGAGGCGUUCCCCCUGGGCGCCAUCGUGCGCUGCGACGCGGUGACGCUGCCCGGCCGGAGCCGCCCGCUGCUGCUGCUCGUGUGCCAGGAGCCCGAGCGCGCGCAGCCCGACGUGCACUUCUUCCAGGGCCUGCGCCUGGGGGCGGAGCUGAUCCGAGAGGACAUCCGAGGGGCGCUGCACAAUCACCGCUCCGGCCGCGGGGAGCUCAGGGCGGCGGCGCUCAGGGCCACGCAGGAGGAGCUGCAGCGCCCCUCGGCCGCCGUCCAGACCCCGCCCCUGCAGCGCCGCCCGUCUGUGCGCGCAGUGAUCAGCACCGCCGAGCGGGGAGCGGGCCGCGGACGACCCCAGGCGGAGCCCAUUCCCGAGGCGGAGGAGGCGCGGGGGUCCGGCCCGGAAGGGGCCUCGAACAGCGCUGACCCAACUUCCCCGGACCUGGGACCCCGGGGGCCCGACCUGGCCAGUUUGCAGGCGGAGCGGGACGUGGACAUCCUGAACCACGUGUUCGACGACGUGGAGAGCUUCGUGUCGAGGCUGCAGAAGUCGGCGGAGGCGACCCGAGUGCUGGAGCACCGGGAGCGCGGCCGCAGGACCCGGCGGCGGGCAGCUGGGGAGGGCCUGCUGACGCUGCGAGCCAAGCCGCCCUCGGAGGCUGAGUACACCGACGUGCUUCAGAAAAUCAAGUACGCCUUCAGCCUGCUGGCCCGGCUGCGCGGCAACAUCGCCGACCCCUCCUCUCCAGAGCUGCUGCACUUCCUCUUUGGACCUCUGCAGAUGAUUGUGGACACGUCGGGCGGCCCAGAGUUCGCGAGCGGCGUGCGGCGGCCGCACCUGACAUCCGAGGCCGUGGCGCUGCUGCGGGACAACGUCACCCCCCGUGAAAACGCGCUCUGGACCUCGCUCGGGGACUCGUGGACCCGGCCGGGGCUGGAGCUGCCCGCGGAGGAGGGACCCCCAUACAGCCCCGAGUUCUACAGCGGCUGGGAGCCCCCCGCCACCUACCCCCAGGGCCGCGCCUGGGAGGACCCGGUGGAGAAACAGCUACAGCACGAGCGGCGGCGCCAGCAGCAAAGCGCCCCCCAGGUCGCUGUCAAUGGUCACCAAGAUUCAGAGCCUGGAGGGGAGCUCCAGCUGGAGCCAGAUUCUGCAGGGAAGUGGGUCCUGUGUAAUUACGACUUUCAGGCCCGCAACAGCAGUGAGCUGUCGGUCAAGCAGCAGGAUGUCUUGGAGGUCCUGGAUGACCGGCGCAAGUGGUGGAAGGUUCGAAACCAGCAUGAGCAGGAGGGAUACGUUCCCUAUAAUAUCCUGACACCCCAUCCGGGGCCCCGGGGGAUCCGCAGCCAAAGUCCUACCGCCAACUUGCAGGACAGCGCGGACCCUCCCCCUCCCCCUCCAGCCCCGGCCCCGGCCCCAGCUCGGCCCCACUGGGACAGCUGCGACAGCUUCCACAACCCCAGCGAGAAGGGUGAGUGGGUGGGGAGCCGUCCUGGUCUUCGCUUUCCAGGCAUGAAACCCGAGGCUCAGAAAGAGCAAAUGGACUCCCUCCUCCCGAGCACGUCGGGGAUCCCCGACCCUCGGGCUCCAGAGCCCCUCGCCCUGAGCCCGCCCGCACCCUCCCGGCUUCCCGCCCGCAGAAAAAUUCUCCCAGAUGCUCAGUCUCAACGAGGAGCUGCAGGCGCGCCUGGCCCAGGGCCGCUCGGGCGCCAGCCGCGCAGUCGCGGGGCCCCGCGCCCCCGAGCCGCAGCUCAGCCCGCGCUCGGACGCCUCGGAGGUGCGCGCCUGGCUGCAGGCCAAGGGCUUCGGCCCGGGCACGGUGGCGGCGCUGGGAGUGCUGACCGGCGCGCAGAUCUUCUCGCUGCAGAAGGAGGAGUUACGGUCCGUGAGCCCCGAAGAGGGGGCGCGGGUGUACAGCCAGAUCGCGGUGCAGCGCGCGCUGCUGCAGGACUCGGAGCAGGUGUCGGAGCUGAAGGCGGUGAUGGAGAAGCAGAAGAAGAAGGUGGAGGGCGAAAUGGAGACAGAGGUCAUUUGACCCUUCCCGGCCCCUCCGCAAAAAGUCUCGAGGCGGCCAUCUCCCCGCGCCCUAGGGGAAGAUGGACUCCCCCGACGCCCCCACCAGGGAACAUAGACCCCUGGAGACUGGCUCGUUCAGCCCUGGUCCCCUCAACCCGGCGGGCAAACUGGCCAGACCCUACUGGAGGCCACCUGAGCCCCUGCAGCCCGACCGGGACGUGGCGUAGAGACAAUGGACGAGAGCGCUUGCGGGCACCCCCGGGGUCCCGGUGUAUGGUAGGGCAAUGCCCAGUCUAUAAACAGCCUCUUCUUAAUGGGCGGUGUCAACUGCUGUCUCCAGCCGGCCACCGGGGGCCCAAAACCCUGCCCUCGCCCCAGCCACCUGGGGAGGAAGUAAUCUGAGAGAAGCCUCACCUUUUUGCUUUCUCUGCCCU